AAAGGGAAACAACUGGAGACUAACGUCGGCUUGCUUCCUUCUCACACUACUUCCCCCCACUUCUCAACUCUCUCACAAAACAGCUCUUUCGGCCGGAAUCCUUCAGCCAGCGGCUGGCGCCUGCUACUGUCAAUCUCGCCAUUGCCACUCAAGCGGGCGGGCAACAGAGGAAGAAAGAGGAGGAGCGAGAAAAUCGCUCCCCACCCAUUGCCACCUCCAUUCCCUUUCGUCCCAGCUCGGACUGUAGUGGAGCGGGUGGUGGGGGCCGAUGCUGGGACCGUUGUUAAAUCCUCCGCGCUGAUCGCUCCGAACCGUGCAAGCAGCGGUUUGCAGCUGGAUACGUUUUGCCAAUUCCCCCUCCCACCUCAACGAAUGGACAGCGCCGCCUGCGGAUAGCGAGACGGGAAGGAGAACGAGUGGAGCGGAGCACCGCCAUCAGCCAUGGUGGAGGUUACUGUAGAAUAUGAUUAUGAUGCUGCACAAGAGGAUGAGCUGACCCUGAGAGUUGGUGAUGUCAUUAAGAAUGUUAGAAAACUUGAAGAAGAAGGAUGGUGCGAAGGAGAGUUAAAUGGGAAGAGGGGAUUGUUUCCUGAUAACUUUGUCAAAGAAGUAAAAAGAGAUACGGAUGCUAAAGAAGAAAACCAAGUGAGCAAACGAGAAAAACCAGGAAGCGUUGCAAAUCUGGUGCAGCGUAUGAGUACAAUCGGGCUUCCAGUCUGCUUUCCAUCUCAACCCAGGUCUCUCAGAAGAAGAAGAUCAAAAAAGCGACAUUGUGAGGCAACUUUUGAUUACAUUCCGCAAAAUGAGGAUGAAUUGGAAAUAAAAAUAGGUGAUGUCAUAGAAGUAAUUGAAGAGGUGGAAGAAGGCUGGUGGAAGGGAAUCCUAAAUGAGAAAACUGGGUUGUUUCCAUCAAAUUUUGUUAAGGAAUUGAUAGAUCAGAAUGAAGAUGGAGAAACAGAUGAAGUGCUGAUUGAACCAGAUGUGCACAUCAAGGAUUUGAUUGGAUUAGGACCAUUAUCGCCAACAUCACCUUUAGAUUCUACAGGAAAUGAGAACUCAGCAGGAACAGGAACAACAUUCCAACCAAAGAAAAUUCGUGGCUUGGGGUUUGGAGAUAUAUUUAAGGAAGGAUCUGUAAAACUAAAAUCACGAUUAUCUAAUUCUGAAUCGGAAGAUAAAAAAUCAGAAAAGCCAUCCAUUCCAGCAAGUAAUACAGAGAUUGUGAAAAAUGAAGCAGAAAAUAAACAUAAAGUGGAGUAUUGCAAAGGAGUUUUUGCAUAUGAAGCAACCAAUCCUGAUGAACUUAGUAUUAAGGAAGGUGAUCAUAUUCUUCUAAUCAGUAAGGAUACAGGAGACAGGGGAUGGUGGAAAGGAGAAUUAAAUGGCAAGCAAGGAGUUUUCCCGGACAACUUUGUUGUCAUGGUUUCAGAAGCUGGAAGAGAGGUUAUAGCUGCACCAAAAGCUCCUUCAAAAUUACCCCCAAAGCCAGACCUUGAUGAUAAACCAAAAAAGCCACUGCCCCCUACAAAAGUACAAGUUUCAAAACCAGAACCACCUCCGGCUGAAAAAAAGAUUGAACUGAAAAAAGUUCACCCAGACAAAAUUGAUGUGGUUUCUACAAGGACUGAUGAAAAGGAUGAUCAGAAGUCCACGAAACCAUCUGCCCCAAUGGUCCCGCCCAAAAAACCCAACCUCCCUAUGAAGCAUCAUCCCUUCAAGUCAGCCGCCCCUCCCAAGCGACCAGAGAAACCCACCGUGCCUGCUCCUCUAUCCAAGGUAAAUGGAGAGGUGCCUUGCAAUCGACCAAAGCCAGACCUCGAUUCAGCAGUGUUUAGACCAAAAUCUGAAAUUAGUAUUCGACCAAAGUCAACAGAAAUAGUAUUUGACAAAGCUUCUGAUAUAGAUCUCAUCAGUUUUGACACUGUAGAAUCCUCUAGUGAGAAACUCUCUCACCCAACAGCUAGCAGGCCAAGAUUGCCAGGGAGAAGGCCUCCCAGCGUUUUUAUGGUUUCGGGUGAAAGUCAUUUAGAUAAAAAAUCUAAAUCAAUCAAAGAAGAAGAUGAAGAAGAAACUUUCAGACCAAAGCCGUCAGAAAUAAUUAAAAAGCCAUCGUUCAAACAAAAUACUGGAAUAAUGAAUGCUACUGAGGUGAAGGAGAUGACUGAAGUAGAUGAUAGGAGCAAGACUACCAUAGACGACGUUAAGGCACAAAUAGCUGACCUGAUGACUUUGGUUGAGAAACUGAAGAUCCAGCACAAAAAAGAAAUAACUGAGCUAAGGCUUGAAUUUGAGGAAGAAAAGAAACAUCGUAUUUCCUUACAGCUGGAGGUAGACAAACUGAAGAAAGCAGUUCAGCCUCCAUGAACUACAUUUAAUUCUCUACUUGAUACAACUUGCCAAGCUUCAGAUGCUGCUGCAAGUCCCCCAGAAGACCAGUACUUAGAAAUGGCUUUUCCCUUUUAUUAUAAUUAUGGUCCUUUUUUGAAAAUGUUAAAGGCUACAAUCUUUAUAGAGAUGGGUAUAAUUGUAUGAUGUAAAUUUCUUGCCAAUGUGAAUUAAUGAGGCCUUAUCUUGUAUUGUGCUGGACUCUCAGAUCACACAUUCAUGAAGAAUGUUUGCCUACUGUACUACUGAAUCUGUAUAAAGGGGUAAGAUGUUAAAUUUUUAAUUAAGAUGUAGUUUAAUUUUUUAAUGAAUCUGCUGUUGUAGUUAUGCAAAACAUAUAUAAGAUUUACACAAAUAUUUUCUGCUCAAGGGGAAGGAGCUUAAAUAGAUAUUAGAUGAUUUGCCCUCUACACAGGAAAGGGAGUUUAAUUUUGCUGUAUACAAUGUAUUUUAGCAUUCCUACCAGGUUAAACACUAUUGUGCCUGAUUGAAGCCUGCAGAUGAAAGUAUUAAAUAAAUAUAUAAAGUUUCUGUUCAAGGGGCAAAAGAUUGAGGACAACAGACCAAUUACCUAUGCAGAGUAGACUAUGUAUUUUCAUAUAGAAGAUUAUAUUACAAAUGUAUUGGUUAUUUGCAUAUUACUUGCCAUAAAGGGAGCUUUUGACAUUAAUGGAUCUGAGGAAAUUAGCAAACAUCCCGUGUAUCUUUAAUACACUCUUUUGAUGAAUUAUGGUUCUCAACUUUUCCAGUUUUACCUGUGUUCCUAGCUUUCAUUUCAGUCAACAUCUCAGAUCCGAUCAUAAACUAAUCUUCUGAAGGGGAAGAAAAAGUAUGUCUUAUUGCAUUUAUGCAUAUGUUUUUGUUUCCUUAGCCAGCUACUCCUGGUGUGGUUUAAAACCAAGUGCUCUUGGGGACUGCUUUUCAACAGUUCUUGCUGCCAUUAAGCUCAAAACAAAUAAUCAGGAAUGACAAUCAUUUAAAAAAAAAUUGAUGUGUUUUUCUCCUCUGUUACACAGCAAUACCAAGAUGGUGCAAGCCAUUGUGUAAAUUCCACUGUUAUAUUUGGAUGUCGUAGUUUUCUGUUCCUUGUAAACACAUUCAAAUUAUAUUUUUCCUUUUGGCUUUAUUUUCAGGAGUUAUCUUUCAUUAAAGAAUGAAUUUAAUACUUAUAAUCCAUGACUCAAAUCUUAGUAAUUGUGGCUUCUACAAGAAUGCGUUUACAGAUGCUGUAUAAUAAUGCAUGCUUAUUCUGAAUUUCUUUUACAUGUCUAUAUUAAAAUGAAAAUAUUGAUUUGUCUAA